CUUCUAUUUGAGGCAGCUGGGAAGGAGGGCGGAGGGCGCAUGCGCGGGGCUCUGCUACAGACUCGGCACUUGCCUGUAGCUGUCGCACUGGCUCUGAUCGAGGGAGGGUUUGGCUGCAUUUUCUUAUCACAUCAGCUGAUCCCACAGCAUCCCGGGCUGUCACCCUCGGAUCUCCAUCGUCCGAUCUGUCAUUGCCUGUUGUAGUGAUCGGUCAUCGCUGUCACUGUUCACCUGCAGAGAGACUGUCCUUGAGCGGUGAAGCCAUUAUCUGAUCUCUGCUCCUCCAUCGGCAUCACUACAAGGACAUUCGUGCUGGGAAGAGAACGGCUUCGGAAUGGAGGGAGGUGCUUAUGGAGCCGGUAAGGCUGGAGGAGCCUUUGACCCCCAGACGUUUAUCAGACAACCUCACACUGUCCUGAGGAUGGUGUCCUGGGUUUUCUCCAUAGUGGUCUUUGGUUGCAUAGUUAAUGAGGGAUAUAUUAAUCUUGCAACUGAGGAGGAGGAACAUUGCAUUUUCAACCGAAACCGAAGUGCCUGCACUUAUGGAGUGUCCGUAGGGGUGCUGGCGUUCCUUACCUGCACGCUGUAUCUGGCAGUUGAUGUUCACUUUCCACAAAUAAGCAGUGUCAAAGAUCGAAAGAAAACCGUGAUAUCUGAUAUUGCUGUGUCUGGUCUGUGGGCCUUCUUCUGGUUUGUUGGUUUCUGCUUUUUAGCCAACCAGUGGCAGGUGUCCAAACAAGAGCACAAUCCAAUGAAUGAAGGUGCAGAUGCGGCACGUGCAGCCAUUGCUUUCUCUUUCUUCUCCAUCUUCACCUGGGCCAUCCUAGCAGUGUUGAGGCUCCAGCAACUGAAGGAAAUUACAUUCCAGGAAGAAUACAGCAGACUUUUCCCUCCUAACCCCCAGCCCUUUCCUUAACAUUUCAUUAACCUACUAAAGCUCAUUGUGCCUUAAACUGCUCCGUCCAAAUGUAAUUCAGUAUUUUCAGACAGUUGGGGUCAUUUGUGUCAACAUCAUUGUGCUUGGUGCCUUAAGGUUUGUUCACACAUGUAGGUGCUAAAGACAAGAAAACUUGUGGGAUUUUUAGUGAGCACAUUCAGCAUAUUUUGGAUUUUUUUGAUGUACGAGAUGUGCCUAAAAAGUUUGGUGAAUGGUAUCGGAAAACAAAACCGAAGAUGCAAACACUUUCUUUAUUGGGUUUCAAAAUUAUCGCCAUCCUUUUGGCAAUGUUCAUAAAGCUUCUGGGAAUUGUCAGCAAAGGCCUCUUUAGCAACAUUCUUGAAUUGCCGCCACAUCUGCAAAACGUGCACUUUUUUUUUUUUUUUUUUU